GUCACGUGAUCAAUUUCCGGUCGAGCUACCCGGAAGGCUGUCAAGCUAGUUUAGCUGGAUAUGUUUGAUCAGGUUUCAUUCAAUUUAGCAAGCACACAAAUGUGUUUCUGUAAACUGCAUGGGCAAUGUGAAAUGGAUUUUAAACGUCAUUCAACAUUUUAAAGGAAGGUGGUCCUUCUUCCAUCACGUUGUCUUGUUUUGACGGGUUAGCUUAAGGCCGACAGAGUGCGGCUAAGCUAAAGGUGUUAGUGUUGCCCGUGACUAUGCAAGGGGAAACCACGGCAAUAAGAAUCACGGAAAACGAAGGCAAACUGGAUGUAUUCCCCCAGAACAGGACUCCGAGCUCGGGAAGAGCAAGUGCCAAGAGCUGGCAGUAUAGUGACCACAUGGAGAAUAUCGACGGCUACUUGAUGAAGUAUACCAACCUGGUGACAGGCUGGCAGUAUAGGUUCUUCGUCCUAAACAAUGAGGCAGGUCUGUUGGAGUACUUUGUCAAUGAGCAGUCCCGACCCCAGAAGCCCCGUGGCAUGCUUCCACUAGCCGGGGCGGUCAUAUCCCCCAGUGACGAGGACUCUCAUACAUUCACUGUCAAUGCCAUCAGUGGGGAGCAGUACAAGCUCAGGGCCACAGACGCCAAAGAGAGGCAACACUGGGUGAGCAGACUGCAGAUCUGCACACAGCAUCACACUGAAGCCAUGGGAAAGAGCAAUCCACCACCCAAGUCACGCAGCUACUCCAUGGUGUCUCAAGGCAGCAGCAGCUCACCUAUGUCUCUGCGUCGACCUAGCCAGAACCCCACCUCCUUAUUCAACUGGCAAAUGCACAAGGGCUCAUCGCUGUACUCCAGCAAGCGUUCCCUGCUGCCAGAUCACCUAGUGGAGGCUAGAGAAAUGAUGAGCCAGGCUCAGGGUCAGCACAAAGACCUGAUCCAGGGCAUCGAGGGCCUACCUGCCGUUCCUGGACUUAACGCUUUGGAUCAGGACCUCCUCAUGCUUAAGGCUACCUCCAUGGCCACCAUGACUUGCCUCAGUGAGUGCCUACAUAUCUUGAACCUGCAGCAGGUGGCACGGCAGAGAGGUUCAAUGGGAGGAUCCACCAUUGAGUGGCUGGAGCCCAAGCUGCCUGACAUCCUGAAAAAUGGCAGCAGUUCCUUGGGCAGCCUUACAACAGGAGAGGGCCCACUGGAGGAGGGAUGUCUGGGGCUCAGCAGCCCAGAGUCUUGCAGUUUUUCCGGGGAGCAGGACAACAUUGAUGCUGAGGAUGAGAUAAUGGACUCUUUUACAGAUGAAGAAGAGGACUUGUGUGCGGUGGAGGAGGAGCGCAGCGUCAUCCUACACCUGCUCUCGCAGCUGAAGCUAGGCAUGGACCUCACACGGGUUGUUCUUCCCACCUUCAUCCUGGAGAAGCGCUCCCUAUUGGAGAUGUAUGCAGAUUUCAUGUCGCACCCAGAACUCUUUGUGGCUAUCACAGAUGGCAGCACCCCAGAGGACCGUAUGGUUCGCUUUGUUGAGUACUACCUCACCUCUUUCCACGAGGGCCGCAAGGGUGCCAUUGCCAAGAAGCCGUACAAUCCAAUCAUUGGAGAAACCUUCCACUGUUCUUGGAAAGUCCCCAAGACGCAAGAAGCCUCUUCUGCCAACCCCCUACAAGAAAGCCCCGAACCCGCUGCCUCCCAGGAUUCUUACCAAGUGCGUUUUGUGGCAGAACAAGUAUCCCAUCACCCGCCUGUGUCUGGGUUCUAUGCAGAAUGUCAGGAAAGGUGCAUGUGUGUAAACACACACGUGUGGACUAAGAGCAAGUUCAUGGGCAUGUCUGUCGGAGUUUCUAUGAUUGGAGAAGGUUGCCUGACCUUGCUUGAGCAUGAUGAAGAAUACACCUUCACGUUGCCAUGCGCAUAUGCACGCUCCAUCCUCACUGUUCCUUGGGUAGAACUGGGCGGCAAAGUCAACAUCACUUGCGCCAAAACAGGCUAUGCUGCAGUCAUCACUUUCCAGACAAAACCCUUUUAUGGUGGCAAACUGCACAAAGUAACAGCAGAGGUGAAGCACAACCCCACCAACGUGGUCGUGUGCCGCAUUCAGGGGGAGUGGAAUGGCGCGCUGGAAUUUGCUUAUACCAAUGGGGAAACCAGGGUGGUCGAUGUCACCAAACUACCUGUAACAAGAAAGUGGGUCCGACCCAUUGAGAAGCAAGGUCCAACCGAAUCGAGGCGUUUAUGGCAGCAUGUUACGGAGGCCUUACGACAGAAAGACAUCGACAAAGCUACUGAGCACAAGAGGAUCCUGGAGGAGAGACAACGGUCCGAGGAGAGACACCGAGCUGAGACGGAAACCUCUUGGAGAACCAGAUACUUUGACAGGGAGGGCGAAGGCUGGAUUUAUCACAAACUACUGUCCAAAAGCUCCGCUGUCAAAUCCUAGUUUUAUCUCAACUGUGGUCGGUAAGCCUGUGGGAAAAAGCGCAAGAUCACCUGCAUACACGAACAGAUGGACUCAUAAUGUUCACAAACCCUACGAGCUUUUGUUCUGAUUAUAUAUCUACAAUAUACACCGACCAGCCGCAACAUUGACCACUCUCACAGUGUAAUGGUAUCCAAUACCAGAGCCGCGAUUGCAAUGAUGGUAAUAUUCAAUUUUGAUUGAAAGUCAAAUCAUUGGUAAUUCAACAAUAUGUUCAUAUAUCGGGAUGUAAGAACUGUACCGCAUCAUCAUGGAAGCGUUGAUUCCAUUAAGUAAAUAAAGUACACAAGUGCAGCUCUCGCAUUGGAUAUAAUUAUAUUGUUAGGUGUAUAUGUAUAUACUCUACUGUCAAUAAAAGCUAUUCUUGUACAGGUAUUCUAUAGCCUUAAAUAGUCUGGUGGUUAAGGAGUCACAUUGUAGCCAGAUUAUUACGAAUGGAGUAUGUGUUGACUCUGACGGAAUGACCUCUCCCCUUAUUUUAUUUCCUUUGUUGUGCUGCAGUGGAUGAAAGAAUUUGGUGUAAAUGCAUGCUGCUCUUGUUGCAUCUGCAUUAUGCACAUUUAUACGAUAUAUUCAAGGUUUUUAACCAAUUGUGCUUGUUUUGUAAUGGAAUAAAUACAAUUUUGUUUAAACAAGACCUUGCUCUUAUUCUAACACAGUUGGGGACCCAAUUAUCUUACUUUAGGAAAGCCAGUAUUAAAUGUACAUAUAACUGUUGGUGUUAAUGCAGUGGUG